GCGCGGCGCCAGGCGCACCCGGAGGCCCGGUCCCUGGCGGCCCCAGGGAGCGGCGCCAUGAUGCGGCUGGGGCGGGCGGGACGCGAGCUGCUGCGCUGGGGUCGCGGGGGGCUCCCUGCGGCCGCCCCGCGGCGGGGCGCGGAGGUGCUGGUGGGCGCGCCCGGCGGGGAGAGCAGCGGUAUUGCUGAAAUCCUAAUGAACCGACCCCACGCAAGAAAUUCAUUGGGAAAAGUAUUUGUAAAUGAACUGUUCAGCGCUCUGGAACAACUACGCUUUGAUGAGAAGGUCCGUGUGGUGGUGUUCAAGAGUGAGGUGAAAGGUGUAUUUUGUGCUGGUGCAGACUUAAAGGAACGUGCAAAGAUGGAUGAUGCAGAAGUUGGACACUUUGUUAAAAGGCUGAGAAAUCUCAUGGAUGAAAUAGCUGCCCUGCCUGUACCCACAAUUGCUGCAAUAGAUGGCUACGCAUUGGGUGGUGGAUUAGAACUGGCGUUAGCUUGUGACCUUCGAGUAGCAGCUUCAUCAGCUAAAAUGGGCCUUAUUGAGACCACAAGAGGCCUUCUUCCUGGAGCAGGUGGAACGCAGCGCCUGCCUAGAUGUGUUGGAAUAGGUCUUGCAAAGGAACUAAUUUUCACUGGUAGACAGAUUGAUGGACAACAAGCCUUCUCAAUGGGAUUAGUAAAUCACACAGUACCACAAAACAAUGAGGGAGAUGCAGCUUACCAGAGGGCAUUAACUUUGGCUAAAGAAAUCCUUCCUCAGGCUCCAUUUGCAGUGAAAAUGGGAAAACUGGCAAUAAACAGAGGAAUGGAGGUUGACAUUGCAUCAGGGAUGGCUAUUGAGGGGAUGUGUUAUGCCCAGAAUAUUCCCACAAGAGACCGUCAGGAAGGGAUGGCUGCCUUCAGAGAGAAACGACCACCUCAGUUUAUUGGCAAAUAAUGCUUCCCAGCUUCCCCUUGAUUUUUUUGAAGGUAAAGGAGGACUGAAGAGAACCCACUGAUUUCUUGGGAUUUUUUUUCAUUACUGCAUUCUGUAUACUUGGCUCCUUGCCUUGGACUGCACUUCUGAAUGCCCCACUGGAUCAUUUUGCUCUAAGAAUUCCCAAAUAAAGAUUUAACUUUGUACAGCU